AAGUAUUUAUGGGAAACAUUCAAAUCAGUAAGAACCAAGGACCAAAACUGGGACAUCUAAGCCAAGAAAGACAACACAGGGGAAACCAUGAUCACAAUCACUGCGUUUCAGAAAAUCGGUGUGGGCCUGUCAGGAUUCGGCAUAUUCUUUGUGCUGUUUGGAAUAUUGCUGUACUUUGACUCGGUCCUGUUGGCGUUUGGUAAUAUUUUGUUUCUGUCUGGUCUGGCCUUCAUCAUUGGCUUGAGGAGGACCGUCUACUUCUUUUUCCAGAGAGAGAAGCUCAGAAGCUCCGCCUUCUUUCUAGGAGGCGUGGCUUUAGUUCUACUAAGAUGGCCUCGUAUUGGCAUGCUAGUGGAAACCUAUGGCUUUGUGCUUCUAUUUAAGUCAUUCUUCCCAAUGGCUUUUGGAUUUCUCUCAACAGUCUUGAACAUUCCCUUUUUAAAUACGAUUUUAAACAAGUUAUCUGGAAGCAGUUCCUCAAUGGUGUGAGGGCAGAUGUUGGACAUCUGGAUGUGCUGCUGCAGUGCACUGUUCAAAUUUUAGUUUUUUUAAAUAUAGUAUAUAGAUAUAACUAAGGGAUAUGAUGGAUUGUGUGAGUCAUUUUUUAUAACAACAUGUAAUAACACUACAAUAACUUAAGAAUGUUAUUUUUUUGUUCAAAACAUAUCUUUUUCCAU